UUUCGUAUACCAAAGAAGAAACCAAACGCCAAGUCAGAGGAUGUCCAAGUUCAGUCCCCUUUGGCAAGGCUCCCAGGCUCCCACCAUUGGGACUACCCUUUACGAGAGUGGAGAUUAAGUGCCAACAACAGAAAGCCUCCCACAAAAGGAAAAAGGCAAAAGGACUGCGACAGACACAGCUCUGACAACGAAGAAUCAGUUCGGCAACCCAAAGUUACCUUGACGAACAUCCUGAGGACAGAAAUUGGAAGAAAAUACAUAGACAGCCACGUAGUAGUUGAUGCAAAUUUACCUGCUGCUGACAAAUUGCAAUCGGGUCAACUACCCUCAUCAUCUGUUGCCAGCCUACAGACAUGUCAAAUGUUAAGUUCUCCUCAUGAAAGUUCUUUUCGGUCUGAAAG